GGUUGGUCGACAAGACGAUGGCCCAAGCCGAUCGCGGCUCCCUGGGCGACUGCAUGCCAUUCCCAAAGGAGCGAUGGACAGUCAGAUGUCAGAGGUGGUUUCCGCUCCUGGCUUGGUCUCGGCUCAGCCUACUCAACCCUGUCACGCGUCGAGUCAGAGGAUUGCAUUCACAAGCCCGAGUUCCAUUUGAGUCGUGAUUGCCUUACCGUGCUUUCCGAGGAGUUUUCUUUUUUUCUCUUUUUUUUCAAGAAACUGCUCGGCACUUUCCAAGUGUUUCAAAGCAUGGUAACCCACCAUCUAACUGCCCGUGACUCCUUAUUCCGUUCGUGUUCUUGGAAUUGUCCUCACCUAGGCCGCGGGGGUGUGUCGCAUCACGGUUGGUCCACACACACACCUCCGACGAAAUGGAGGGAGGGCGCCUUGUAUUGCCCCGCCAAGCCGCGGACUUUGUCAUCUUGGUUGACCGGUGACAUGGCCCGAGAAGGUGACCGCGCAAGCCAUUCUCGAAAGCUGAUGGUGGGAAGCUCGCAUCAGCAACAGCAUGUGCAACGCCUCCAACUCUCACUACAUAACUGCGCGCCAUGUCCCUUCUCAGCCGGCCACUUGCUCUCGUCUAUUUCCCCUUUUCUUUCUCGUCAUGUUACACGACAGGGAGGGAUACAAAUAACUUUGUCGUCCUCGACGCUCGCUUCUGAAGACGGCUGUUCUGAGCCGGCAAGGCCGGCGACGGUCCUGUCCUGUGGUUAUCUCUGAAGCUGCCCAUACCCUAAUAAGCUUUGUAUUAUUCCUGUCUUUCUCAAGGGGAAACCAAAGCGCAGAAGGAGAAAGCGAAGAACGAACAGGUCGAUAGUCCUUUCCCACACUUUCUUGGCACUUCCUUUCUUCGAGACGCACAGAAUCGACAGGAUGCCCAGCUCCAGAUCAUCUGCGCAGCACCCACGGCGGGACUUGUGGAUGUCCUCGCAGAUGCUCCUACGACCUAAUAUCGAGAGAGACGACGGGGAGAUUGAGGGCCUUAGUCUUGCCAGCAUGGGCGAGGAUCCCCUUAUCUACUUCCUCACUCCUACUCCUUCCUCCUAUGUGGGGGAUGACGAUGUGGACUUGGACAUGGACUUUGACGCCGGGAUCGAGGAUGCCAAACAUCCGCCCCCUAUUAUUAGGAGCGUUAGUCCGUCAAGCCUCGGCGGCCUGAGCCGGCCCCCUCCCCGACCGCCAACGCCGCCGAGGUCCCCGUCCACUCCGGACCUGGACUACAGCCUGUCCGCGACGCCGGACGAACACGAGCAGUACGGCUACAUGGAGGACUCGUGGCCGCCGCCCAAGCGGGGCCACUCGCUGAGCCUCCCUCGCCGCCUCAAAGACAAGUUCAAGAGCCAGCCAAGGCAAGACGUCGCCGGGGGUGGCAGCAGCAGCCCGGAUAGCCUGGCCCCUCCCAGCCUCUACUCGACAGGAAGGGGCCGUUCCGCAUCUCGGGCUGGCUCGAGACCAGCCGGGGCGGGAGCGGUUGCCUCCCCCUCCCCCUCCUCCAACUCGUACUCUUCGUGCUCCGGGGCGGCCAACAGCCGGCCCAGGACCACGCCGGGCCGCGUCUCGCCGCACGCGUGGUGCGAGCCGAGCCCGGACGUGUGGGCGAUCGAGGAGGAGCCUGAGGAAGGGGGGAUGCAUGGCGAGGCGGGCGGCGGCGGCGGCGGCGGCGGCAGUUUUGCGGAGGAGGAAGAGGAGCGCGGAGGGGCGGGUAGCGGUUCUGGCGUGUCGACGACAAUGGCUGGGAAAGCGAGGGCCUUAGACAUUCCGGCUGGAAAGCCAAAGAAGAGGGUUCGGUUCGUGCUGCCUGCUACGGAUGAUUACAGGAACAUGUAUUAGAAGGGACACUUGCAUCUCUAACUGAAGGGGGGCCGGGGGCUGGCGGUUGUGUGGUUCUUUACUGGCUGGCUAUCUUCUUUUCCCCUUGUUCUUUUUUUAUUCUUGUUUGUUUUUCUUCUUCUUCCUCUAUAGGGGGGUGGGGUUACACACAUCGCAUGGCGUUGGUGUCCUUGUUUGUUUCGGCAACUGCAUAAUUGCAAGCUGUACUAAGGUAGUUUGUCUAAGUUUGAUAUACACAAUCGGAGGAGCAUCUGUAAUAAGGACUAAUAUCGUCAAGCUUACGUUCUUCCAGGAGCAUUCCCGUGCUUGACUUCGGAUUUCCACAUACAUGUCUCUAUC